GAUCCUCAACUCGGAUAAUUGAUGUGUAUCACGAGCUCUUUUACUUUUGAUAGCACUAGAAGAGGAGUAGACACUUAGACAGUAGACUUCAACAUCAAAAAGAUCAUGUCGACUGCUUCUCUGGUGAAACCUCUAGAUGGGACAGGGACCCGCAUUGUCCGGGUUCUCGAGCCUGAGCGACUAUACCUAGUCAACCACGGCAGAGUCCUGUCCGUCUUGAAAGUCUUAUCGCUGCCGCAUGCGAAAGACGGAGGCCUCAUUAGUGACAACUCAUCUUGCAGGAAGAAGAAAGCGGAUGCGGGGCAGGUGUAUACCACUCUUGCACAGAUUAAAAGUGAUCUGUACGACGAGCAUCCGACACUGCUUCGGUCCACGACCGAGGUGGGCGUCAGCACUGUAUCACUGACGCUUCCUACCGAGGCACAGAUUAUGAGGCGUCUUAGCGGACAUCCCAAUAUCGUAGAAUACCGUGGCUGUUUUGCAGCUGGAAGAUAUCCUAAUACGUGCUGGCAUCUGUUUCUCGGUUUUGAGCCUGAUGGAGAUUUGCAGCACGUACUGUCAGAACGUCGCAAUCGAUCACAACCUGGUGAAACAGCGGGCAAAGGCAUACCGGAACGAGCCGCGCUCGAAAUCUUAGCCCAAAUUGCGUCCCCACUGUCCUUCUGCCACUCCAAUGGUGUGCAGCAUCGCGACGUGAAGCCCAGCAACAUUUUCCUCGACUUCAAGAAGAAUCUUGUAAAACUAGGUGACUUCGGUAUCUCUCGUGUGGAAGAACAUCAUCACUCGUCCAAGCGCAGGAUCGGUGUGCAUGAUGUGGCAGAACAGUCGAUGUCUCCUACAAGAUUCGUCCCAGAAAAGGUGAAUCACCUUGACGGGGGCAUGAUCAGGACAAGCAACGAGCAAAAACAAAACACUUUCGGUGCCGAAAAUGCUAAUCUCGAAGAGCAGCUGCCGCUUGAUCGCACGCCGUCGCUUCGGGAGGAACUUGAACAAGAUGAAGGCGUGAGCGUGACAGCAAAAACUGUCGAUCUUGGCAAUUCAACAGCAGUAAGCUCUCGUCCUUCCGCACCACUAGAGGCGACCUUUACGCAUCUCCCACCAGAAGUUCUGUCGGAUGCGGAAGACGGCUGGUCAUCAAAGGCAGACAUCUACCAGCUUGGUGUUGUCCUCUACGAAUGCUGCAGCUUACAUCUCCCAUACGAUGCGAGCAGCAUCGGGGCGCUCACGCUGAAGAUAGCCACGGGAGUUUAUGAGCCUCUUUGCGCAGAUAGGUAUGGCGAGCGCAUUCACUACAUCGUGAGGCAGAUGCUCAAAAGGACACCGGGAAAACGACCAGCGGCAGCUGAAAUCCUGAGCUGGAUGCAGAGACCGGAAACGAAAUAUUGUUCUAGUGAUACUAAAAAUGAUGACCUGGUGGUGCACAGCUCCUAUGAACAACAACUUUUGACAGAAAAAGAAGCCGCUGGCAUCCGUCAAUGCAUCGAACAGGCAGAGAAUGUGGCCGCUUUUGAAAAAUGUACUUGUAAGUGCUUAGC